ACAACUUCAGAGCGUUCAAGUGCAACGCAGGAACCGGACAACUAGUGUUGCGUGUGGAAAAGUUGAAUUUCCUUGGUUUUCCUUGGAAUUUUUUCCGAAAAUGUCGGUUCCGUUCACUGGAAGGAUCGGGCGAGGUGCGACGGCACUUGCUGCAAUCAGCAAGCAGCUCAAGAUGAUGAGCUUAAAGCCUGUCAAGACGAUUACUGUACAGUUCGAUCCGUUUUAUGAGAAGAUCAAGGAGACGAGGCAAUUUCUGCACUACAUCUCAGGCCCCAAAAUACUGCGAACAAACUUGACGUGCAACCUGAAGACGAAUAUCGUCGGCGACAGAUCCGAGCCAACAGUGACCUGCGACCUGACGAACGGUGAAAAGGUAUUAUUCAAGUGUAAAAAUCUCGAAGCGAUUGAUAUUCUCAAGCUGUACAACAAACACAUUACUCCCUUGGCACCACCUGAGCCUGAGCCAGAGCGGAAGGGAGUUGUUGUUAAGCUGAAGAAGAAGAAGAGGAAGAUAAGGAUAAGCAGACACAGGAAGUAAAAUCGAGAGGGAAAAUUCAAGAGCAACUGGAGAAGAUCAACAACAUUUUACGCAAAAUUAAAUUAACGAUAAAAACAAAAAGAGAUUUUUAAAAUUAACCUAUUGAUUUAAUUAAUAAUUGAUCGAUUCAAAAUAAUUCAAGACAGUUCAAGCAAUUCAGUUCAUUGAUUGUGAUUGGUAAUUAAUUUUUUUGGGCGGAUAAGUGAUUAAUUGAGGAUUGGAAAGGAGAUUUGAGAGAA